AGAACUUCGAAGGGCUGGCUGGGGCUGGCUACACCGGCCCUUCCCCUGUCCUCUGCCGGCCCCACCCCCAGCCUCAGGCCUCUGAACACUGGAUCUGAGCCACUGACGCCAGCGGGGCAGCUCCAAGCUGACAUGGAUCCUGAAGGCCUGGCGCUCCUGCUGCCCCCUGCCUCGCUGGCCGCCCUGGCCGACAGCUGGCUCCGAGAGGACUGUCCGAGCUUUAACUACACAGCCUUGGUCACAGGGACAGCCCCCUCACAGGCGGCACUGUGGGCCAAAUCCCCUGGGGUGCUGGCUGGGAGGCCUUUCUUCGAUGCCAUCUUUGCCCAAGUCAACUGCCAGGUGUCCUGGUUCCUCCCUGAGGGAUCAAAGCUGGUGCCUGUGGCCAAGGUGGCCGAGGUUCGGGGCCCUGCCCACGGCCUCCUGCUGGGGGAGCGGGUGGCCCUUAACACGCUGGCCCGCUGCAGUGGAGUUGCCACCUCUGCUGCCGCGGCUGUGGAGGCCGCCAGGGCCACCGGCUGGGCCGGGCACGUGGCAGGCACGAGGAAGACCACGCCAGGCUUCCGGCUGGUGGAGAAGUACGGGCUCCGAGUGGGUGGAGCCGCCUCCCACCGCUACGACCUGGGCGGGCUGGUGAUGGUGAAGGACAACCACGUGGUGGCAGCCGGUGGCGUGGAAAAGGCAGUGGGCCUGGCGCGGCGGGCCGCCGACUUCUCCCUGAAGGUGGAGGUGGAGUGCGGCAGCCUGCGGGAGGCCCUGGAGGCGGCCGAGGCAGGAGCGGACCUCAUCUUGCUGGACAACUUCAGGCCGGAGGAGCUGCACCCCACGGCUGAAGCACUGAAGGCCCGGUUUCCCAGCGUGGGCGUGGAGGCCAGCGGGGGCAUCACGCUGGGCAACCUCCCUCGGUUCUGCGGGCCGCACAUUGACGUCAUCUCUUUGGGGAUGCUGACCCAGGCUGCCCCGGCUCUGGAUUUCUCCCUCAAGCUGUUUGCCGACGGGGCCACUCCAGUGCCCCAUGCCCGCGGGUCCUAAAACCGAAGAGGAUGACACCGGCAAUGAGAUAAUGUGGUUUCUUGGAACUUUACCUUUGCUCACCCAUUUCCUAAUCUGUAAAAUGGGUCUCAUAAAAGAUCAACCUUAUAGAUUUAUUUGGUUAGUAAUUAAACAUAGUAAGUGCUCAGUAAAUACUGGGAAUGACCAGAGUUCAUCUCUUCUGACAGGCACUUUUUUUCCGCACUCUGCCUUCUCUAAAGUCAAGGUGUGUCUUUAAUCAAUGUGUCUAAUGGCCACUGUCAACCAGGCAUCG